AUUCUAUUACUUCCCCCCCUUCCCCCUCCCUCCCUCUCUCUCUCUCUCCCACCUGUGGUAGUAGAACUAAUGGAGCAGAAACCGGUAGACCAUCUCCCGCCGUUCUCCGGAGUUGGCAUGAAGAAUAGCGCGUCGGAGUUGGCUAUCGAGGAGUUCAUAAAGAGGGCGAUGAGCGGUCCCGAGAUGAUCGGCACCGAAGCCCGGGACGGCGACGUCAAGGAUGAGAAAACCGCCGAGAUUCGGUAUCAGCGAGACAGAGAUUCUUCCGCCGAUGAGUUCGAUGGCUUUUUCAGUGAUUUGUCCUUCAGUGAUCUCAGCAGCCUCGCUUUCAAAAAUCGGGACAUAUUAAGUCUCUUUUCAAGUUGUAAUGGACUACCAGAAACCCUUCUUGGUUCUCAACAUCUGGCUUUGAAACAAUCCAGCAUUUCAGUAACGAUGGAUUCCCAGUCAUCAAUAUGUGUUAGCAGUCCAAUGUCGGCUAAUAAACCAAAAGAGAUAGAUAAUCAAGCAAGAGGAACUACCAGUGAUUCCUCGCAUGAGCCAUCAGAUGAUGAAGAUAUUGAGCUAGAAGCUGGUUCGUGCAUAUGUGAGCAGAGCACAGACCUCACUAAAUUAAAACGCGCUAGAAGGAUGAUUUCUAAUCGGGAGUCUGCCAGGCGAUCUAGAAGAAGAAAACAAGAGCAGCUGCAAGAUCUCGAGUCCCAGGUUGAACAACUGAGAGGAGAAAAUGGGACUCUAUGCAAUCAGCUUACAAAUGCUACACAGCAGUAUCGUGUCGCUGAUACAGAUAAUCGAGUCCUGAAAUCAGAUGUGGAAGCUUUGAGAGCCAAGGUGAAGUUAGCUGAAGAUAUGGUUACUCGAGGCUCCUUGACCUCUAAUCUAUAUCAACUUCUUCAUAGUCACUUAGGAUCACCGCAAUUACUUAAUACCCAAAAUCUGCGCCGGGUUCCAAAUGUUUCACCAACCAUCAAUGUCCCAGGAGAUGAUGCCUCCUCAUAUGCAGGAAUUACAGUUUCUGGGCAGAAUUCAGGCAUUCAAUAUUAAAACUGGAGUCAUGAGUGAUGUUGUGGUAAAUUACGAUGUAAAUGUGUAGCAAUUUUAAGCUUCUUUGUGACUUUAUCAAUCUGUUAAUGCACAAAAUGUUAAGGUCCUGCCGCCCAUGACAGCAUGAUUUCUUUUGGUAAAAGUUGGCCACGAUAUAUUUUAUGUUGAA